UGGCAAGCCUCAGAUGCAUGGAUUUCCAUUUCUCUCUGCAUUCCGGGCCUAUUCCCUGGUAGAUUCCAGUCAAGUGUCUACAUUUCUGAUUUCCAUCCUACUUAUAGUCUAUGGGAGUUUCAGAUCCCUUAAUAUGGACUUUGAAAAUCAAGAUAAGGAGAAAGACAACAACAAUUCUUCUGGGUCUUUUAACGGCAACAGCACCAACAAUAGUAUCCAAACUAUUGACUCUACCCAGGCCCUGUUCCUUCCAAUUGGAGCAUCAGUCUCUCUCCUAGUAAUGUUCUUCUUCUUUGACUCCGUGCAAGUAGUUUUUACAAUAUGUACAGCAGUUCUUGCAACAAUAGCUUUUGCUUUUCUUCUUCUCCCAAUGUGCCAGUAUUUAACAAGACCCUGCUCACCGCAGAACAAGAUUUCCUUCGGCUGCUGUGGGCGCUUCACUGCUGCGGAGCUGCUGUCCUUUUCCCUGUCCGUCAUGCUCGUCCUCAUCUGGGUUCUCACAGGCCACUGGCUCCUCAUGGACGCUCUGGCGAUGGGCCUCUGCGUCGCCAUGAUCGCCUUCGUCCGCCUGCCAAGCCUCAAGGUGUCCUGCCUGCUCCUCUCAGGGCUGCUCAUCUACGACGUCUUCUGGGUGUUCUUCUCCGCCUACAUCUUCAACAGCAACGUCAUGGUGAAGGUGGCCACGCAGCCAGCCGACAACCCCCUCGAUGUGCUGUCCCGGAAGCUCCACCUGGGGCCCAACGUUGGGCGGAGUGGGACCCGGUCCAGCAAAGGUCCUUGGAGGCCCAGCUUCUUUAAAGCUGUGCUGGGCCACAGCCCAUUGUUCGUAGACUUUGUCCAGAGACAGCCAGGGGACAGAAGUUCCCUCCCCUCGGGGCUGGCCCCAUGCGGUACUCCUGCCCGUUUCUCCCUCCCCGCAGGUCUGCUCACGGCCACUGUGGCGUCUCGAAUCCACCGAGCAGCCCAGCCUGCCCUCCUCUACUUGGUGCCAUUCACCUUACUGCCGCUCCUCACCAUGGCCUACUUAAAGGGUGACCUUCGGCGGAUGUGGUCGGAACCAUUCCACUCCAAGUCCAGCAGCUCCAGGUUCCUGGAAGUAUGAUGGAGCCCACCGAAUGACCCGAGUGGCCGUCUUGGUCCUUCCCGCUCAGCGGGCGGUGUUUCGUCUUAGAGCGGCCUGGUGCGCGGAGGAACCGAGGACGGUGACUGCAUUUUGCCUUGACGGGGCUGCUGGGAGGAGAGGCGCUGGAGCCCGUGUGGCGCCUUCUCUCCAGGCUGUGCAGAAGGAGCCCCUUCCCGAGGAGACAGGCCCUGGCGCGCCUCCCUCCGUUCCUAGGAUCUGUGUCAGACUAUUGCCCUGUGGGGGAGACGGAGACCCGACUGGCUCAAAACUGAACACAACGACGACGACAGGAGCAGUCGUUCCCAGCCUCUGGAACACUACAAGAACGGGGCCUUCGCAGACCACGUUUCUGCAGAGAGCCCUCAAGAACACCGGACCGGUCUCUUCUGGGGACUCGGUCGCUCCUUAGAUUCGUCUUUCCUUUGGGGGUUGGGGUUCUUUUUGUUUUUUUUUUUUAUUAUUAAAUAUUUUCUGUGGUGUGAAGUGACUUAUUAAACCCACAGACGUUGAGUGACUUCUUA